AUGUCCUAGGAGGAGGAGGAGGAGGAAGAAGGGUUCUCAGUUGAGUGAAGUGUAAACUAGCGAGUAGUGAUUCAUAGAAAAUCUGGAUCGUCGUAAGAGUCAAUUGUUUAGAUCGGGCUGGAUGGGCCGGGUCGGGCGAGGUCCAACAAAUAAGUAAUCAAGUCAGUUGGGUAGGGUUGAGGGGGGCCCAGUCGCUGUUGGAGUGAGUUUGUGACGAUUGUAAGAAAACUAAACGCACGGACGGAGUCGAGUCCGGUCCAGCGGAAAACCACCCGACUAGUCCCUUCUCUGCUCCUCCUCCUCCAGUCCUCCUCCUCCUUCCGCUUCUUUUCUUUUCUUUUCUUUUCUUCGUUGGUUCCAUUCUUAGAAAGUUCAAACCCCUUCUUUCUUUCUUCUUCUUCGAAAUAACAUAUAAAUAUACCACCCAGAGACCAAUCCCAGAUUUGUCCAAGAUCGUCGAGGAAAGUAGAUCCUCCCACCGGAUCAAUUCAAUAAAUGCCAUGGCUUCUGAGCAUAAUGGAGGUGAAAUAGAAGCGCUAGACAGCGAUGACUUCUCAUCAGGGCGGGGUUCGGGCGGCCGCAAAUACAGGCCAGUCUUUGCGCAUGAUAACGAUCGAGCUGUUCUUGAGAUGUCUUCCAUCGAACCUGGCGUCCAGGCAUCUUCUUCCGCACCCAACAACCUCAAAAAAGUUAAUGUGGGCAUACCACCAGAUAUAGUACCUGAAGGAAGUGAUGAGACGGUUCCUCAUCAUGGAAGUGUCAAUGGGUCUCGUGCCGAUUCUAAGUUGGAAUUAUUUGGUUUCGACUCACUCGUUAAUAUUUUGGGACUUAAAAGUAUGGCUGGUGAUCAGAUUCAAGCGCCAUCCAGCCCUAGAGAUGGAGAUGAUGUAUCACUUGAGCGUGCAAGGGCAAACAAUUUGAAAUUGGGAACAAUGAUGGGGGUCUUUGUCCCUUGUUUGCAAAACAUCUUGGGAAUUAUAUACUACAUCAGAUUUACAUGGAUUGUGGGCAUGGCUGGAAUUGGUCAGUCAUUGUUACUGGUUGCCUUCUGUGGUUCAUGUACUUUGCUUACGACUAUAUCCUUGAGUGCUAUUGCCACUAAUGGUGCAAUGAAGGGAGGAGGGCCUUAUUAUCUCAUAGGGCGAUCUUUGGGGCCUGAGGUUGGAGUGAGCAUUGGUUUAUGUUUUUUCCUUGGAAAUGCAGUAGCUGGUGCACUUUAUGUUUUGGGAGCUGUGGAGACGUUCCUAAAUGCUCUUCCACAGGCUGGGAUUUUCAGAGAUUCGCAGACUUUUGUGAAGGUUAACGGCACAGAUGUUGCUCAGCCUGUUACUAGCCCAAGUUUACAUGACUUGCAAAUUUAUGGGAUUGUUGUGACAAUCAUCCUAUGUUUCAUUGUAUUUGGUGGAGUAAAAAUGAUCAACCGGGUUGCACCAGCCUUUCUAAUCCCUGUUCUGUUCUCGUUAUUCUGCAUAUUUGUUGGCAUAUUUUUGGCAAGAAAGAACCAUCCAGAAGAUGGCAUUACUGGUUUGAGUUUGAAGUCAUUCAGGGACAAUUGGGGUUCAGAUUAUCAAACAACUAACAAUGCUGGAAUUCCAGAUCCCAAUGGGAAAAUACAAUGGGAUUUCAAUGCGUUGGUAGGUCUCUUUUUCCCUGCUGUGACGGGGAUUAUGGCAGGCUCAAAUCGGUCCGCUUCAUUGAAGGACACUCAGCGAUCCAUUCCUAUUGGGACUUUAGGUGCUACUUUGACAACUACAGUACUAUAUUUCGUAUCUGUGCUAUUCUUUGGAGCUCUUGCAACUAGGGAUAAACUAUUGACUGACAGGUUGCUCACUGCUACUGUUGCUUGGCCUGUCCCUGCAAUCACGUAUAUUGGUAUUAUUCUCUCAACCUUAGGUGCAGCUUUACAGAGCCUGACAGGUGCCCCCCGCCUCCUCGCAGCAAUAGCCAAUGAUGAUAUUCUACCUGUUCUUAACUACUUUAAAGUGGCAGAUGGGGGUGAACCACAUGCUGCUACCUUGUUCACAGCCUUCCUCUGUAUUGCAUGUGUUAUUAUUGGCAAUCUUGACCUUAUUACACCAACUAUAACAAUGUUUUACCUUCUUUGUUAUGGUGGAGUCAACUUGUCCUGCUUUCUUUUGGAUCUAUUGGAUGCUCCCAGCUGGCGUCCUCGGUGGAAAUUUCACCAUUGGAGUCUCUCCCUUCUUGGGGCAUUGUUAUGUAUAGUUAUAAUGUUUCUGAUUUCUUGGGCAUUCACGGUGGUCUCUUUAGCUUUGGCAACACUCAUAUAUUAUUAUGUGAGCAUCAAAGGAAAAGCCGGGGACUGGGGUGAUGGUUUCAAGAGUGCCUACUUUCAACUUGCUCUUCGUAGUCUGCGAUCUUUAGGAGCAAACCAGGUACACCCAAAGAACUGGUACCCUAUACCCCUCAUUUUCUGCAGGCCCUGGGGCAAAUUGCCUGAGAAUGUACCCUGCCACCCUAAACUUGCAGACUUUGCAAAUUUCAUGAAGAAGAAAGGCAGGGGAAUGUCCAUAUUUGUGUCUAUCAUAGAUGGAGAUUAUCAUGAAUGUGCUGAAGAUGCAAAAGCUUCCUGCAGGGCACUUAGUACAUAUAUUGAAUACAAAAGAUGUGAAGGGGUUGCAGAGAUAGUUGUUGCUCCGUCCAUGUCUGAUGGAUUCCGUGGCAUUGUACAGACAAUGGGCCUCGGCAAUCUAAAGCCCAACAUUGUGGUAAUGCGGUACCCUGAAAUAUGGCGUCGAGAGAAUUUGACCGAGAUACCGGCCACAUUUGUUGGGAUAAUUAAUGACUGCAUUGUUGCAAACAAGGCAGUUGUUAUUGUCAAGGGUCUGGACGAGUGGCCAAAUGAGUACCAAAGGCAGUAUGGAACCAUUGAUUUGUAUUGGAUUGUCAGGGAUGGUGGUCUCAUGCUGCUGCUCUCUCAGCUCCUCCUCACAAAAGCAAGCUUUGAGAGCUGUAAGAUUCAGGUUUUCUGCAUUGCGGAGGAGGAUUCAGAUGCGGAGGAGCUCAAGGCGGAUGUGAAGAAGUUCCUGUAUGAUCUGCGCAUGCAAGCUGAGGUAAUCGUGCUGUCGAUGAAGUCAUGGGAUGCACAAUCCGAGCAGAAAGAUGAGUCGGUGGAAGCAUUCGCGGGCGCCCAAGAGAGGAUUGCGAGCUAUAUGAGGGAGAUGAAGGAUAAGGCUGGGAGAGAAGGGACAGGGCUGAUGGCUGAUGGGAAGCGGGUUGUUGUGAACGAGCAGCAAGUGGAGAAGUUCCUGUACACCACAUUAAAGCUGAACUCGACGGUACUAAAAUACUCGAGAAUGGCUGCAGUGGUGCUGGUGAGCCUGCCACCGCCGCCACUGAACCAUCCGGCCUAUUUUUACAUGGAGUAUAUGGACCUGUUGGUGGAGAACGUGCCGAGGCUUUUGAUGGUGCGAGGGUACCGGAGAGAUGUGGUCACUUUGUUCACGUAGCCGGAGGAGGAGCAGCAGCAGCAGGAUCAGCUAGCCACAGCAGCACAGCGAUUUUUCUUAUCUUUUCUUUUCUUUUCUUUUUGUAAUCGAUCGAUCGAGAGAAAAAGGUUACGAAUUUUGGUGGGCAACAUACAUAACGUGUUAAUAUAUUUUUCAUUGGAUGGGCGGAUAGAUGAUGGUAAUUAGUGAGUGUGCCCUGCCCUGCCCCGCCCUGUCUGUGGAUCGCUGCCCUUGCGUUGUUGGGUUGGUGGAUGGAUGGAACAUAGUAUCCCUCCGCUCACCCCCGUCCAUGAUUAUUACUAUUUUAUUGAUCUGACUUACGACG